GCCCACUCCUUGCAUGAGACAGGAAGUUUGAUACUGUUUCACGAGUGACUGUCGGAGCAUUUAGUUUUGCAGACUUGGGGUCAGAGAACACCGGGGACAAUGAACAACAGUUUACUCUGCAAUUUUACAUUUCAAAUCAGACUCCUCCCCCCAAUGUAUGGCAUUGAGAUGUGCGUGGCUCUCAUAGGGAAUAUAUUUGCCCUGUGGCUCCUGGUGACCAGAGAGAGGCAGAACUGGCACACCGGAGUAGUGUUCUCCUGUAACCUGGCCAUCUGUGACAUUCUCUAUGUCCUGACCUUGCCUUUGCUCAUCAUUUACUAUGCCAAUGACAAGCAGUGGAGCUUUGAAAAUCCUGUAUGCAAAAUUGAACGCUUCCUCUUCAGCUGCAACCUCUACGGCAGCAUUUUCUUCAUCAUGUGCAUCAGUGUCAACCGAUACAUUGCCAUAGUUUUCCCCUUCUUCACCAGGAGCUACGUGCACCCUAAACAUGCAAAGAUCGCAAGCGUGCUGACGUGGUUCAUCGUGAUCGUCGCUUCAUCCCCAGUCCUCAAAUUUGCUGGAACCGAAAAAAAAGAAAACCACACUCUUUGUGUCUCAAGUCAUGAUGAAACCCUGAGAAUACCCCAUUUUAAGUACACCCUAUUUCUUAUGAUUGUAGGAUGCAUGAUUCCUUUGUUAGUUACCUUUGCAUCAUAUUUGGGUGUGAUUUGGACUGUUCUGAAAAAUAAAAACAUAACCGCGUUGGAGAAGAGGAAGGUGGCUCUGAUGGUUGUUCUGGUCUGCUUCCUUUACGCCACAUCAUUUCUGCCCUAUCAUAUUUUGCAGACGUACCAUGUGUAUCUGAAGUCAAUUAACAACAUGAAGUGUACAGUGUAUAAUUCUUAUCAAGUGUCAAAGGGCCUAACCACCCUGAACAUGUGCUUGCAUCCACUUCUAUACAUGGCUGUAUUUGACAGCAUACGCACAGCUUGCUGUGGAAAGAGCUCAGACGACUAACUUUAUCCAUACAAUAUCUUGUUCAAAAUCUCACGCUGUGGCUUCCUGAAUGUAAAUUAAGUGUAGCAUUCGCGUUAAUGGCUGUACUCUUUGCUUGUACGUCUGCAAACCACAAACCAGAUCAAAAUUAUUUUCUUUGUUUCAUUUUUGUGCUCAAAAGCAAACAAGAACAUAUCUGACAGUAAAAACUGACCAUUAAAAUGCUUGUUUUCUAGCUGCAAAGAAUACCAAUUAAAGAUAUUUAAGAGAA